AUGCCGCCCGCAGACCUAAGCAUCCAGGGCACUCCGUUGCGACCCAAGGCAGGCAAGAGCGCAGGCUAUGGGAUUCGCGAGAGCCAGGCCGAGCGGCCAAUGCAGGCUGAGAAGCCCCAGCCCGAAGAGGUGGUUCCUCAGCAGCAGCUGCCACAGCCAGCGCAGAAGCCAGCAGACAAGCCAGCAGCGAAGGCGGUUCCUCAGCAGCAGCUGCCACAGCCAGCGGAGAAGCCAACAGACAAGGUGGUUCCUCAGCAGCAGCUGCCAAAGCCAGCGGAGAAGCCGGCAGAGAAUCCAGCAGCGAAGGCGAUUCCUCAGCAGCAGCUGCCACAGCCAGCUGAGAAGCCAGCAGAGAAGGUUCCUCAGCUCCCCACUACGGAGAAGCCAGCAGAGCCGGCAGCUCAGAUGUUGCCAGAGAAACCUCCAGAAAAACAUCCAGAACCUGAACAGGUGCGACAAGCCCUGGGCGUGGUGCGCAUGGUGGACGAGCUGGACGAGGAGGAGGACCCUUUGGACCGCUUUGUGUACACAGACCCCGCAGCGCAGGAGAAGCGAAAGCAGGACAGAUCAAAGGCUCACGCGGCGAACGAGCCGAGCGAGGAGGACGAGGAAGCUCGGACGGUGUCCUUUGACCCUUUUGCCAAGGCGAAAGAUGGCGACAAGCCCAAAGAAGAGGUUCGAAAGGCCACUGGAUAUGUGGGUUUGUCUGACAUGCCUCCUGCUGAUGAGGAGGAUGACGAGGAAGCUCGGACGGUGUCCUUUGACCCUUUUGCCAAGGCGAAAGACGGCGACAAGCCCAAAGAAGAGGUGCGAAAGGCCACUGGAUAUGUGGGUUUGUCUGACAUGCCUCCUGCUGAUGAGGAGGAGGACGAAGAAGAGCGGACAGUGUCCUUUGACCCUUCUGCCAAGGCGAAAGACGGCGAUGAACCCAAAGAACAGGUUCGAAAGGCCACUGGGUAUGUGAGCUUGUCUGACAUGCCUGAUGACGAGGAGGAGGAAGAGCGGAACGUGUCUUUUGACCCUUCUGCCAAGGCAAAAGACGGCGACAAGCCCAAAGAACAGGUUAGAAAAUCUACUGGCUAUGUCAGCUUGGCAGACAUGCCUCCUGACGAGGAUGACUACGAGGACAACUUCGAGGAGGAGGAGGAGGAUGCGAAGCCAGAGGCGGGCGAGAAGGCGGUGUCCUUCGAUCAAGCGACGAAGGACAAGGAGCAGCGCGCAAGGGCACGGGAUAUUUGCACGAAGCAGACUUGCAGAGCAUGCUGGAGGAUGAGGAGGAUGAGGCGGCGACCUCCAAAAGAGUGGCCUUUGAUGCCGCAGAGGAGAGCAAAGAAGGCGCUCGAAAGUCGCAGGCUACACAGCGCAAGGGGACUGGAUUCCUCACAGCGAAGGAGUUGGCAGACUUGCCGUCAGAAGACGAGGAGGAAGACAGUCCAGACAGCCCAACUGCCAACGAAACGGAGGCUAAGAACGACCACAAAGUGUCCUUUGAUCCUUCCGCGCAGGAGAGCAAAGACGGCGCUCACAAGUUGCAGGCUUCACAGCGCAAGGGGACUGGAUUCCUCACAGCGAAGGAUUUGGCAGACUUGCCAUCAGACGAUGAGGAGGAAGACAGUCCCGACAGCCCAACUGCCAACGAAGCAGAGGCUAAGAACGACCACAAAGUGUCCUUUGAUCCUUCCGCGCAGGAAAGCAAAGACGGCGCUCACAAGUCGCAGGCUUCACAGCGCAAGGGGACUGGAUUCCUCACAGCGAAGGAUUUGGCAGACUUGCCAUCAGACGAUGAGGAGGAAGACAGUCCGGACAGCCCAACUGCCAACGAAACGGAGGCUAAGAACGACCACAAAGUGUCCUUUGAUCCUUCCGCGCAGGAAAGCAAAGACGGCGCUCACAAGUCGCAGGCUUCACAGCGCAAGGGGACUGGAUUCCUCACAGCGAAGGAUUUGGCAGACUUGCCAUCAGACGAUGAGGAGGAAGCCAGUCCGGACAGCCCAACUGCCAACGAAACGGAGGCUAAGAACGACCACAAAGUGUCCUUUGAUCCUUCCGCGCAGGAAAGCAAAGACGGCGCUCACAAGUCGCAGGCUACACAGCGCAAGGGGACUGGAUUCCUCACAGCGAAGGAUUUGGCAGACUUGCCGUCAGAUGAGGAGGAGGAAGACAGUCCAGACAGCCCAACCGCCAACGAAACGGAGGCUAAGAACGACCACAAGGUGUCCUUUGAUCCUUCCGCGCAGGAGGUCAAAGACGGCGCUCACAAGUCGCAGGCUUCACAGCGCAAGGGGACUGGAUUCCUCACAGCGAAGGAUUUGGCAGACUUGCCAUCAGACGAUGAGGAGGCAGACAGUCCAGACAGCCCAGCCGCCAACGAAACGGAGGCAACUCAGAAGGUGUCUUUUGAGACGGAGGAAGAGGAGGAGCUGCCACGUCAUAGCAGAGGUCCAGCAAACAAGGCGACAGCCCGGAAGGGCACCGGAUUCCUUCGAGCAGAUGAGGUGCCAGAGGCUGAGGAAGAUCACAACUACGACGACGACUUUGAGGAGGAGUUCGAAGAUGACUUCGAGGAGGACUCGGAAGGUGGAAGCCCAUGAAGGACGACGGGGCACGUCAUCAGGCGCAGGUCAAUGGCUCUCGGCCGAGGUGACAGCUUGA